UCCCUCCAAAUUGCGUCUUCAUUUCGUUUUCGUCUAUUUGUCUUCCCUCACUUCCCUAGUGUCUAUCCAUAACAUCCUAAGAAGUAAGAACCCUCUCGCUCUCUUUCCAACGAUUCGAUCUUUUAUUCCUUGUGGUUUGGUUUCUCCAUUUGCUGCCUUAACCCAAACCCUGAUUGGGUAGUUAGGGCACGCGAUGCCGCUAUUCCUCCCGGACGAGGAGUUUCAGUUGUGUUCCCACGAUGCCUCUCUGGUGGCCGAGAAGGCUGAUGCUUUCAUCAGAGACCUUCAACGCCAACUCGAGACUGUAAAAGCUCAGGCCGAUGCCUCUGCCAUAACUGCCGAGCAGACCUGUGCGCUCCUUGAGCAGAAAUACAUUACCCUAUCGGCUGAGUUCGGCAAGUUAGAGUCCCAAAAUGCGCAACUCAACGCCGCUCUCGAACAACGACUCGCAGAGCUCGCCGAAGUUCAGGCCGAGACGCACCAGCUGCAUAUCAAAGCCAUUGCUAAAGAUGGAGAGAUCGAACGUCUGUCGACUGAAGUUUCUGAGCUUCAUAAGUCCAAGCGACAGUUACUCGAAUUAUUGGAACAGAAGGACAUAGAGAUUGGUGAGAAGAACGCUACCAUUAAGAGCUACCUGGACAAGAUUGUUAACAUGACAGGAAAUGCUUCACAGAAAGAGGCCCAGUUGCGUGAUAGUGAAGCAGAAUUGGCACGUUGUCGUGCUGCAUGUGAUCGUCUUUCACAGGAAAAGGAACUCAUUGAGAAGCACAAUGCGUGGCUUAAUGAAGAGCUAACGGCCAAAGCUGGUGAACUCAUUAAGUUCCGUAAGCUGCAUGCUGAACUAGAGGCUGAUACAUCUGCUAAGCUUGAAGAUGUUGAGAGACAGUUGAAUGAAUCGUCAAAAUCCUUAAAGUGGAAUAAGGAAAGAGUGAGGGAGCUGGAACUGAAACUGGCUUCCGUGCAGGAGGAGUUAUGCUCAUGUAAAGAUGCUGCUGCAACAAAUGAAGAGCGCUUCUCUGCUGAAAUUUCUACCGUAACAAAGCUUGUUGAAUUGUACAAAGAAAGUUCGGAAGAAUGGUCUAGGAAGGCAGGAGAACUUGAGGGUGUGAUCAAGGCGUUGGAAACGCAUUUGAGCCAAGUUGAAAAUGAUUAUAGAGAGAAACUCGAAAAGGAAGUAUCUGUGAGAAAAGAGAUUGAAAAGGAGGCUGGAGUGUUGAAAGAGAAACUGGAGAGGUGUGAAGCUGAAAUUGAGAAUAAUCGGAAGGCUAAUGAAUUGAGUAUUCUUCCAAUUGGCAGUUUUACCAAAGAAAUAUGGGUGCGUGGAGCUGAAGCUGAUGAUAGUAGUGAGGAUAGUCGCAUGGUUGUUCCUAAGGUGCCUGUUGGUAUAUCAGGAACAGCUUUGGCAGCUUCCCUUCUUCGUGAUGGCUGGAGUCUAGCAAAAAUGUAUGAGAAGUAUCAAGAGGCUGUUGAUGCAGUGCGGCAUGAGCAAUUAGGAAGAAAGCAAUCACAAGCGAUUCUUGAACGGGUCCUUUUUGAAAUUGAGGAGAAAGCUGCACUAAUUUUGGAUGAACGAGCUGAGCAUGAAAGGAUGGUAGAAGCAUACUCUGUGAUGAAUGAAAGAUUGCAACAGUCACUUGCCGAACAGGCUCAGUUAGAAGCGGCCAUUAGGGAAUUAAAGGCUGAUUUAAAGAGGCAUGAGCGUGACCAUGGGUUGGCACAAAAAGAGAUUGUUGACCUUCAGAAGCAGGUGACCAUUCUUCUAAAGGAGUGCCGUGAUAUUCAACUUCGUUGUGGAUCAGGGAGUCAUAUUUAUGCUGAUGAUGCUUCUCCUCUAGUUGAUAUGAAUGAUGUGUCUGAUGCUGAAAGAGUAAUUUCGGAACGGUUGUUGACUUUUAAAGAUAUAAAUGGAUUAGUGGAGCAGAAUGUUCAGCUCCGAAGUCUUGUUCGUAGCCUAUCGGACCAGAAUGAGAAAAUAAAUUCAGAGCUACAGGAGAAGUUUGAAUUGGAGCUUCAAAGGCAUAACGAAGAGGCAGCCUCUAAAGUUUUGACUGUGUUGAAAAGAGCAGAGGAACAAGGGCGCAUGAUAGAAUCGCUCCACAGUUCCGUCGCAAUGUACAAAAGAUUAUAUGAAGAGGAGCUUAAGCGUCAUGCAUCUUAUCCUCAUUCAACUGAAUCUGUAUUAGAAGAUGGAAGGAAAGAUCUGAUGCUUCUUCAUGAAGUUUCUCAGGAGGCUACGAAUAAGGCCCAUGAACAGGCCACAGAACGUGUUAAAAGUCUUGAAGAGGAGUUGGCCAAGUCUAGGAGUGAGGCUACAUCAUUACGGCUAGAGCGUGAUAAGCUGGCUAUGGAGGCGAAUUUUGCACGGGAGAGACUUGAUAGUUUUAUGAAAGAAUUUGAGCACCAGAGAGGUGAAAUUAAUGGAAUUCAAUCUAGAAACAUAGAAUUCUCACAGUUGGUAGUUGGCUAUCAACGAAGGCUAAGGGAGAGUGCUGAUGCUAUGCAUGAUGCCGAGGAAACUUCACGGAAGUUAAAUAUGGAGGUUUCUUUUUUGAAGCAUGAAAAAGAAGUACUAUUGAAUUCUGAAAAAAGAGCUUUGGAUGAAGUUCGUAGUUUAAUGGAGAGGGUCCAUCGUCUUCAGACAAGUUUGGACACAAUUCAGAGUGUUGAGGAAGUUCGUGAGGAAGCCAGAGCUUUGGAAAGGGCUAAACAAGUGGAGUACACAAAAAAACUUGAGAGGGAAUGGGCCGAAGCAAAGAAAGAGCUUCAAGAAGAACGGGAUAAUGUUCGUACUCUUACCUUUGAUAGGGAAAAUACAUUAAAAAACGCCAUGAAACAAGUGGAAGAAAUGAGUAAGGAACUAGCAGAUGCGCUCCGUGCUGCUGCUACAGCUGAGACCAAGGCAGCAGUUGCAGAGGCCAGAUGUUCUGAUUUAGAGGUGAAGAUCAACUCUGCUAAAAUUAAGAUUGCUGACGUUGAUGGUGGAAAUGGUGCUUCUAGUAAUGAGAUCAUGCUGAACCUGCACAAAGCGAAGGAAGAGAUUGAAAAUCUGAAAGAAGAGGCUCAAGCUAAUAAGGAUCACAUGCUACAGUAUAAAAAUAUCGCACAAGUGAAUGAAGCCGCAUUGAAACAAAUGGAAUCAGCUCAUGAAAAGUUCAAGGAUGAGUCAGACAGAUUGAAGAAGUCACUGGAAGCUGAACUUCUUUUGCUUAGAGAACGAGUCUUGGAACUGGAAAGUGAUUCUAUAUCAAAGUCCAAAAACGCUGCUUCUGCAGUUGCAGUGAAGGAAGUGGCUCUGGAUUCUGCACUAUCUGAAAUCACCAGUGUGAAGGAAGAAAUUUCUGCGAAACGGUCUCAAAUUACGGGUAUGGAAAUCCAAAUGUCUUCGCUGAAAGAAGAUUUGGAGAUGGCUCACCAACGAUGGCACACUGCUCAAAAAAAUUAUGAAAGACAGGUCAUCCUACAGUCUGAGACAAUUCAGGAGUUAACAAAGACUUCUCAAGAUUUGGCGACACUGCAGGAGGAAGCAUCUGAGUUACGAAAAUUGGUGGACACAAAGAAAAGUGAAAAUGACAUACUGAAGGCAAAAUGGGAAAGUGAAAAUUCAGUGUUGGAACAAUCAAAGAAUGAAGCUGAGAGAAAAUACACUGAAAUUAAUGAACAGAACAAGAUAUUGCAUGAUCGCCUUGAGGCUUUGCACAUUAAAUUGGCUGAGAAGGACCGCAGUUCUGCUGGGAUUUCCUCUGGAAGUGCAAGUCCAUAUACACAGGGUGAUGGUGACUUACAAAAUGUGAUUAGUUAUCUCAGGAGAUCGAAGGAGAUCGCGGAAACAGAGAUCUCUCUAUUAAAGCAGGAAAAGCUUCGCUUGCAGUCACUACUUGAUAGUGCUUUGAAGGCAUCCGAGAGAGCUCAAUCAUUGUUACAUACAGAGCGCGCCAAUUCUAGAACAUUGAUGUUCACAGAAGCGGAGUUCAAGUCACUGCAGCUUCAGGUCAGAGAAAUGAAUUUGCUCCGCGAAAGCAAUAUGCAACUUCGAGAGGAAAACAAGCACAAUUUUGAGGAAUGCCAGAAAUUGCGUGAAGAAGCUCAAAAGGCUAGUGUGGAGAUUGAUCACAUCAAAUCUCUCCUGAGGGAAAAACAGAUUGAGCUUGAAGCCUGUCACAAAGAAAUUGAAAUGCACAAGAUUGAGAAAGAACAGCUGGAGAAGAGGGUUUCAGAGGUACUUGAGAAAUGCAAAAAUAUUGAUGUCCAGGACUAUGAUCGCAUGAAGGAUGCUUUCCACCAGAUGCAGGGAAAAUUGCAAGAGAAAGAAGCUGAGGUUGAGGAGACAAUACGGCUAGUUUCAGAGAAGCAGGAUAUCUUAACACGCUUGGAGCAAGAGCUUACAAACACCCGGUCUGAUCUAUCUGAAAAGGAGAAGAGGAUAGCUGGUAUUGAGAGUUCUUACAAACUGGAGCUGGACAAGCAGAAGAAGGCAUUAACACAGUUUUACAAGAAAAAGUUUGAUGCAAUGGCAAGAGAAAAGGACGAGCUCAACAAAGAGAAACAGGCUCUUUCCCGACAGUUAGAAGAGUCUAGACAAGGGAAGAGGCCUGUAGGGGAUGCUACAACUGAGAAAGCCAUGAAGGAAAAGGAGAAGGAAAAGGAUACCCGUAUACAGAUACUGGAGAAAACUCUUGAGAGGGAGCGUGAAGAGCUGAGGAAGGAGAGGGAAGACAACAAGAAAGAAAAAGCAAAACGUCAAAAGAAUGAAAAGACCAUUUAUGAUCUUCUUCAGAAUAUUAAUCAGGAGAAAAAGAAGCUGCUUGAAGAUGUUGAAAAAAUCAAACAUGCAAGAGACCAUCUUGCAGAGAGUACUGAAGCAUCAGGGGCUCCACUUCCCUCUGACAGUGCCUUAGAUGAGCAGAUGGCUACAUAUUUGACUGCUGUAGAACACACAGAAGAAGCAGCAAAUUCAAAUUUUGGAGAUGCUCUUGCUGCUCGUACUCUUCCUGUAGAAACCUCUUCUCUUGUGGAUACAUCGUCUACUGUGGCUUCUGGUCGUCUGAUUAGUGCUCAAGCCCCAGCUACAAAACCUUCACUGGGAGGCACAGCAAGUUCUUCAUGGGCUAAGCCAGCAGAUGAGAGAGAUAAAAGAACCAGCUUGCCGAAACCCAGUGUUGAAACACGUAAAAUAGGAAGGAAGUUGGUUCGACCUCGUCUUGGACGACCUCAAGAGCCUACCGUUGAUGUUGAAAUUUCAGAGAUGGAAGGACCCUCGAACAGCGAGGAGACAAAACCUGGACCAGCCCAUGAGACAGAAAUUCAAGGUGACUCUGCUUUACCAGCCCAACCAGCUACUCGCAAACGCUUGGCUUCUUCAUCAGCAUCUGAAUUACGUGAAGAGUCACUGAUUCAGCAAGAGACUGGCUCUGAUUUGCAAGCACAGAUGCUGAAGAAGUCCAGAGGUUCAGACUCUCCUCAGGAAGGUGCUGGUGGACAAAUUUCUGUUCCUAGUGAGGAUCUUCAUACGGUAAGUGCUGUGGAGGAAUCAUUUGAUGCUGCCAGCCCUCAUACUACAAAUGAAGAGGCAAUUGAUACCGAAAAGGAUGUUGAGGCAGCAGAUGAAACAAAGGAGCAUUCUGAGGAGCCGAGGGAACCACAAUUUGAUGUCACAAACCAAGUUGAAGCACUGAUUGACUCCAAUAUUGUUGCAGAAGAGAACUUGGAUAAUGCAAGGGAGACAGAUGAGGUGUUUAACGAUGGGCAGCCAAAGGAUGGCGAAGGGCCUGAUCCCCAGCAGUCCAUGAUGGAAGUUGAAAGUGAGAAAGAGGAGGGAGAGUUGGUGCCUGAUGUGGAACCACCUUCAGUAGAAGGGGAUAUGAUGGUCAUGGUAAACAGCCCAGAACCACCAGAACCAGGUGAAGGUCCUGAAACUGCAGUUCCCAUCACUCCUACCAUUGGCAUUGAUGAGGAAGCUAGUGUUUCAGCAGGAGUUGAUGCAGUUGAGAUGACAUCUGUUGAGGUGUUAAAUGAUGAGAAGAAUGAAGGAGGUGGUGUUGAUCUAAUGGAAGAGACUGCCGAAGGUUCAGACAAGUCUAAUAACGAUCAGGCUUCAGACAAGUCUAGUAAUGAUCAAGCUUCAGAUAAGUCCACGAAUGAUCAUGGUCCAGAUAAGCCUAGUAAUGACCAUGAAAUCAGUGAGAUGGAGCAGAGCUCAAAAGGUGCUUCUGGUUCUGUUGAUAGUUCUUUGUCCAGUGUUCCAACAGACGCUGCAACAAAACAUAUUGCUGCUGCUGCUGUUUCAGAACCUGAUGAAGCUAAAGCAGAUCCAAAGAACAGAACUAUAAACUUGACCGAGAGAGCUAGAGAAAGGGCAGUUGUAAGACAACUAGGGAUGGUAUCUCCUUCGCCACCCAGUAGAGGACGCGGGAGAAGUGCUAUGACCCUAAGGAGUCGUGGCAGUCGGGGUGCACGCAGUGCGAGAGGGGGACGUGGUCAAGCAUCUGGUGAGCAGGAGUAGAGGUUGAUCUUCAAAUGAGUUUCACUUCUGAGAAGGGCUCUAAUUAGUGCCAAUUUUUUGAGAUGGGACUAAAAGCUAUAUAACCGUAGGGGCAUUUAGUAUUGCUGCACAUUAUUAAUUUUUUUCCCCCUCAUUUUUUGUGGAUAUUUCACUUGGAGUGGAUGUGGUCAAUACUUAAUAUUGUGUUGUGGGUAGGUUUACAUUUCCUUUCUGCCCUGCAGGGAAAGUAGAAAAGUGUUUAAAAUUGAUAGUUAAACAUCA